AUGGUUAAAAAGCAAAACAUUUGUUUUAUUCUCCAACUAUCAUCCUCUGAUAUUGUGCAUAUUGUCAUGAUGAAGCAUACAAUCUUCAUAUCCGCUUUGCUGCUGGCAGGAUCAACCCAUACUCUUACACUAAACGUAAACACACAACUGGAGCGACGCAAAUUUAUCCAGACCUCAACUGCUACCACCACCAUCAUCUCUGCUCUGUUGGGUGCCAAUCAUCCUGCCAAUGCCGAUCCUAUGAACGCACUCAUUCCUGUCGGCAGUGGGGCUUUGCGACAGCAACCAUUCGUUUCACAGUCAGAAGGAUGGAAAGAGCCAGUCUUCACCACGAAAUUAGGAAUGACCAGGAUAGGAUCUAGCUCUGUCUCACCAAUCCAACAGAAGCCAUUCUCGGCGCAGGAUGUGUUUUAUCCUUCAUUUUUAUUUGGCUCAUGGGAGGUAGAGUCUACUCUGGUACAGAAGGUGUUUCCCUUUGGUCCAGACUUUCUUCCGUCAAAGUCUUUGAUUGAAGGAUCGCCUCGAAAUCGCAAUGAGCAACUCGGGAGCUCAACGAAAUAUCAAGCGCACUAUUUCUCCAUGACAGCUGAUGGUCCAAAAGUAGACUUGAGUUUGGGAAUGGACAAGAACAAAAUAAUAGCCGAUAGAAGAUUCAAUUCGAUAUCAAUGAGCAGAGCGUACCAGCAACUAACGCCUAUUGAAGAGGUCGUUUGGGAUUACAACGCUGAUCCCACGAGGUUGUCAUUGCGCUUUUCGGCUGCUCCUCUCGCUGAUGAUAUGCGACCGUUAGGGCAAAGAAGAGGAGAAGUUUAUUUGACUGCUAGACAAACGGAGCUAGCUGAGAAUGGAUCGUUUUGUGCAGCAGAACGAAGUCGUGCUGUAACUGUUGGGCCGGGCACCGUGACUGCAAUUGAUCAAGAAACAAUCACGGAGUUCCAGCCUCAAAGCGAUGGGUCUGUAAAUGCAAUCUCGCGUGUGGCUGUGUACUUGACCCCCAAUCCAAACUCAAGAGAAGGUGUACUUUGGCAACAAAUCAAUGGCAAAGCAGUCGCCUUCUUUGACUACACGUGGAAAAUGAACCCGCUCCUAGAAACAUCUGAGGUUGGGGGGUCAAAGUUAAGUGUUGUUUCUCCAGAAGGCAGAGUACAAUAUGGACUAUGA